ACGCACACACACGCGCACACACACACACAAAUUACAAAACAGAAUGUAUAUAUAAUGAAACAAACAUAUAAAAAAGAAGAAAGCCUGUUGAGGAAAGUCACGGAAACUAGAAAGAAAAUGACUUCAGACUGCAGUUGCGGAGGUAAAUUACCUGUCUCAGGUUACACAACUUCAAAAUCAAAACCGGAUAUUUCUGUCAGGUUUUCAGAGGGUGUGAACAGCAUAACAAAUUUUGUAAUCGUUUGAACAAACAUGGGCAAUUCAAGCACAACAACUCAUCGAAAAUCAAAGCAGAGUUUGAAAAAAAGUCAGAUACAUGGAUCAGAUAAAGGUCCAAGACCCGAUAUUUACGUAACAGUGUCAGAUGCAUCAAGUUCGCAGAAAACAAGAAGUCGUGAAGUGAAGAGUCCCGGGGCAUUUGGAGGAUCAAUUCGUAAUCAGACAGAUAAAUAUCCAUCGGACUCCAUAAGCAACCCUCCAAAGAACAUCCGCGAGAACACAGUCGACGUUUUGAUGACAAGCUCACCACAGAUUCGUCGUAGCUUAGCGCAAAGAAGCUCUGUCAAUCUUUCAGGCAGAUGUAAAGACAUCGACUCCCGUGCUGAUGACGAGACCUCGGCCGUGACGCUGGAGCCGCUGGAACACGAGUGGAUGAUGUGCGCAUCUGACGGACAGUGGGAGAGUCUCUACCGGCUGCUCGCAAGCGAUCCCACACUCAUAAACAGAAAAGACUUCGUUACUGGGUUCACCUGUCUGCACUGGGCUGCAAAGGUCGGGAAACAUGAACUGAUUGUAAUGCUUGUAAACUUUGCCAAAGAACAUCAAGUGGCCAUUAACGUUAAUGCGCGUUCCAGCGCAGGUUACACGCCUCUGCAUUUGGCGGCGAUGCACAAUCGUAUCGAGGUGGUGAAAUUAUUAAUCGGAGCGUUUGACGCCGACGUAGAGGCUCGAGAUUUCAAUGGGAAAAAAGCGUGUCAGUACCUGAAAAGUGACCAUGCGCAAAACAUUCUCGACAUUGUGGGUGCGUGUGGUGUUGACAGUGACGCAGAAAACGCGGACACGGAAGACGCGAGUCGCUGGAGACUGUCAAGAAUUAUUCAGGCCAAUUUCAGACCACUUAAACCACCAAACCACAGCGAAGAGGACGCGCGUGAAAGUGGCGCCUUGACUAAGCAAAAACCUCUCCGCAGGAAAUCUUCCUUUACUAAAAUGAAAACGAGUCUUCACAGAAUCCGGACGCGGACGCAGAUAGUGCACAGCACUUCUAUCGUUGAUAGAUUUGAUAAAGAAGAGAUUUCGAAUCCAUUAAGACCCAAAUCAAAUCUCUUUGGUUGACACUGAAGAACUGAAACAAUGCGCUACAUAUCUGCAGUAUUAUCUAUAUUGUAAAUAGAAGCGAUUUGGAUACACUGGUGGAAAUGAUCGAGAUUAUCUGAUGGAUUCUAGUUAUGGACAUUUUGAAAAUAUAGAUGCACAACAUUCAUUCGACAUUUCUGUAUAAUCUGGAAACCAUUUAGAAAUCCUUGGACAAGAAUGGAUAUUUAUAAUAAAGUAAUUACUAACAUUUAUUCUAUAGUGUUCUGUAGAAUUCACUAUAAUGCACUCAUAUACUGUACUGUAGUAAAUACAGUAGUAUAGGCCUACUUUAAUGUUUUCCUAUGAUAGUGUUCAAAAAUAAUAUAACAGAAAUUACAAGGCCUACAACAUGAUAUUUUAAUGUGGAAAGUUUCAACAAUUGCUAGAUCACCUGUUAGAACUAAUGUUAGGGAAUUGCUUUUUUGGUAAAGAAUUAGUAUUCAACAUUUUCAUGUAAAGUGUUCUCUGAAGAGAUGGGUUUUUAGCCAUUAACAGCCCUAGAGGAUUAAUGAGAUGCAGCUGAUUGGCCAGAGUUAAAAAAAAAAAUUGAAAGCACUUUAGAAAUAAAAUUCAACUGAAUGAAAUGAAUUGUAAAGUCAAUUGACCACCAGCUUUUUAAGAGAAAAGUGCAAUAAUCGAGUAUCUUGACUCAUUAAGUGUAUGUUUAUUUAUGUCUGUAUGUAAUGUUUUCUAGGUUUUCCAAAAACUUUUGAGAAAGUUAAGCUAGAUCGAACUGUUAAAAUACUGGUGAUCAGCUAACUGUGUGUCUUAAGAAGUGUAAAUAAUUUGAAUAUAUUUAAUGUACACUAACAAUGAUUUUUUGCUAAUUUAAAACAACUAAAAGAAUAAAUCUUACACAUUA